AUGAUGGGACAUAUGCCUGAAUCGGCUAGUGAUACCGACUACAAAAGCUAUGAGUUUUUUGGGAUACAGGACAAUCUCUUGAGCCCAUAUUCAUCCUCCACCUUCUCUCAUGGGUCAAGUUCUGACUCCCCGGAAUCUCAGAUUCCACUUGUUGGACGGCCAGGACCUAUGGACCAACCUGCCAGAAAUGGCAAUACUAUGGAACCACCCGGUCACGAGGGACAACAACAGGUUGAUCCGACUUUGUCAAUGGUUCACAGUCUUCUAUCUCAAGUUCUGCAGCAAGCCAUUCCCGGCGCAGAUGCAAAUGCAAGCCCGUCACCAGACUUCCUCAAGAUUGUACCAACCGUGAAGACUUUGGGUACUUACCGAUUUAAUGGAAAACCAGAUCCGUACAAGGCGGAUGCAUGGCUACAGUGUGUUGAAGCGAACUUUGCAGCAACUAGAUGUCCAAUGGAAUUCGGAAAGGAUGUUGGUAAGUCUCAGCUAAUGUCAAAUGUUUUACUUGUGGAGAACCAGGGCAUUAUGCUAUCUGGUGUCCCUUACGGACAGAAAAUGAAUUCAGAGAUUAUGGAAGAAGAAGAUGGAUCGGGCGAAGAGGGGUAUGAAGAUGUAUGGAGCAAGUGGACAUCCGAGGUGAAGAUCAGCGGUAGUGACAUAUGGUGGGACUAUAUGGCCGAGGAUAACGUGUGUAGAGUGAAGCCCAAAGAAGUGUAUGGUUUAUGA